GAAAAAAGAUUUAACUCUCUUGAAAAAUGUAACAAAUUUCCUGCGAGAAAUCAAAAGCACGAUAUAAACACAAUCAGAAACUGACAAGUGAUAAGCGCCGUCAACUAGAUCGGCCAGCGUUCACAGUCUUUUUCACGUCACGCUGACAGCGAAUCGUGUACGUUCAUGAAGUCUUUCAGACUAUAAAGAAAACCGCUGGCAAUAUAGCGAAAAGAGCUGUGCCAUCCCUAAAUGCCAUUGAACAAGUGGCGACAGAAGAAAGAAGAAGAAGGUGCACGAUUUUACCUGAAAAAGUUUAUUAAAUUGCCGACUCUCUGCCAUUUCUAUCAUUCCGAAUAAAUGAAAUAAUGGAACUGUUUCUGUACCGAGGCGAAUGGGGUCUGCCCACAAUCGAUUACGAUUGUGCCCGGCUUUUGGCUUAUCUGAAGUUUGCGGAAGCCAAAAUUACCCUCAACUUUAAUGGCAAUCCGUUCAGUUCGCCGACGGGGAUGCUUCCGUACCUGGUCACGGAAGAAGGCAAAAAGAUUGGCGGGUACAAUCGCAUAACGGAAUUUCUGCAAUCCCGGGGCUUCGAUGCCAACGCGCAGCUCGAAGGCCAGAACUACAUUGUGAUAAACGGUUGCAUUCAGUAUGUGUUCGAGAAUCUGUUUCCGUACUUCAUGUACAGUCUAUGGGGCGAUCCGAAAAACCUGGACACCACCAGGGCACUGUACGCCAAGCGGAUUCCUAUUCCGUUCAAUUUUUACUGCCCUCGGAAGUAUGUGUUGAAGACGAACGAGCUGACGGUUUCGCUGGCCGGAUUUAACCUGGAAGAUUCCGUUGAGUUGCACGACGUAAAAGAUUUGCAGUUGAAUGCGAAAAAGUGCAUCAACUGGAUCUCGGAGAAGCUGGGCGAGAAUCGAUUCUUUUUCGGAGACACUCCGAGCGAAAUCGAUGCCAUCCUGUAUGGAUACCUGUCGGUGCUUCUGAAGCUCACCCUUCCGAACAACGUCCUGCAGAACCACGUCAAGCAGUGCAGCAAUCUAGUCAAGUUUGUCGAACGGAUCACGACGAUCUACUUUGCACGGGAGGGCUUUACCAGUGCCAGCUCAAAUUCGUCGUCGUCGUCUUCGAGCAAUGAUUCGUCGAAGGAGAAACCGGAACAGGAGCAGAAGUUCUACGACGGGACCCAGAAGGAUUCGGACGAUACGCCGUACGAGCGCCGGAAGCGCUACGUGGUGUCGGGAAUAUUCGCCACCAUUGCGAUGGUUAGCUAUGCGCUGCUGUCCGGGAUUUUGUCGAUUUCGCAGCAUGACCAUGGUGGAGGUGGUUUUAUCUCGUACGACGAACCCGAGUACGAUGACGAAGAAUAGAAGACGGGGUCUUGUUGUUUGUUGAGAAGUAAGAUGCGUGAUCAAAAUAUUAGCGUUGCCUGUCUUCCAAAUAUGAUGGACAUAGCUGAAGGCUUAGUUAUCACA